GCUCUUCCUCACCCUCACACACACACACACACACACGCCUAGUUCGUGCCAAACCCUUAGCUUCACACACACCUCCUUUCUCCCAGACACGCUUGAGUCGCUCCACACGCGUGAAACCUCGUCUUUUCCAAUUUCACGCCGCACGCUCCUCCACGCGCCUUCCCGGAUCCGCCCUUUUUCACCCCGCCGGAGAGAUCCACCGUCUUCUUAUCCUCUCCCGUGGACACCAACAGGCUUUGUGGUGAGUUUAGGAAUACUUUGCUGAUUCAUCGUCCAGUAGGCAUACGUACACGUGGAGUAUUCAAAAGAUCGAAGCUUUACACCAAUAGACCAUUCUUGAGGAGCAAGGCUUUUAAGUUAUGGUAACAGAUACGCAGAAGCUGCUUGGAACCAGCGAAGAGGAUGAAGAGGAAGAAGAGAUGGAUGCGGACGUGAAGGAGGAAGAUGACGGAGAUCGACGGAACAGAGGAUCACACGCAGCUUCGGGGAGUAGUAACGACGAGUUUAUGUUUCAGCAGUCGUCGAUGCAAGACCAAGUCGACACUCCUGGGGGAAGCCGCAGGAGCAGACCGGUCGAAGAGAAGGAAAGGACUAAGCUGAGAGAGAGGCAUCGGAGAGCUAUAACCGCAAGGAUCCUAGGCGGGUUAAGAAGGCAUGGGAACUAUAAUCUUAGAGUGAGAGCUGAUAUUAACGAUGUUAUCGCCGCUUUGGCGAGGGAAGCUGGGUGGGUUGUUCUCCCUGAUGGAACUACUUUCCCAUCCAAGUCUCAGGGGACAAAGCCUCCUGCGGUUGUUGCUGGUUCAUCAGCACAUCAGUCUUCACCUCCUGCACUUAGAGGAGGAUCGUUAUCUGGGCAUAGAAGUCCAACGGAGCUCAACACGUGCCGUAUGAAAGGUGUUUUCGCACCUACUCCAUCGCCGUAUGAUGUACAAUCUUCAGAACUGGUUGGCAGUUUAAACAAGGCUGAUGGGCUUAUUGGUUGUUCGGUCGAUGUCAUCAACUCUAAACAGAUUCUCGAGAUUCCUCCAAAUAUGACAGAACAAGAUUUCUCUGGUACUCCUUAUGUUCCGGUUUAUGUGAUGUUACCACUAGGGGUUAUCAACAUGAAGUGUGAACUGGCUGAUAGAGACGGACUGCUAAAGCACUUGAGGAUAUUGAAGUCAAUCCAGGUAGAUGGAGUUAAAGUGGAUUGCUGGUGGGGGAUAGCUGAGUGUCAUUCACCUCAGGAAUAUAACUGGAAUGGUUAUAGGCAGCUUUUUCAGAUAGUCCGUGAUCUUAAUCUUAAGAUACAGGUUCUGAUGUCCUUUCAUGAAUGUGGAGGCAAUGUUGGUGAUGAUGUCUGCAUUCCACUUCCUCAUUGGGUGGCAGAGAUAGGGAGAACCAAUCCUGACAUUUAUUUCACUGAUAGAGAGGGUAGACGAAACCCUGAGUGUCUUUCUUGGGGUAUAGACAAGGAACGUGUUCUAAGAGGCAGAACUGCACUUGAGGUGUACUUUGAUUACAUGAGAAGUUUCCGGAUAGAACUUGCCGAGUUCGUAGAGGAUGGUGUCAUAUCUAUGGUUGAAAUUGGACUAGGCCCUUGUGGAGAGCUACGGUAUCCUUCUUGUCCCAUAAAGCAUGGGUGGCGUUAUCCAGGUGUUGGAGAGUUUCAGUGUUAUGACAAGUAUCUCCUGAAGAGCCUGAGGAAAGCAGCAGAAUCAAGAGGGCACCCGUUUUGGGCUCGAGGCCCAGAGAACGCCGGCUCCUACAACUCCCAACCGCAGGGAACCGGUUUCUUCUGCGAUGGAGGUGACUACGACGGCCUCUACGGGAGAUUCUUUCUCAAAUGGUAUUCACAGGUUUUGAUAGACCACGCUGACAAAGUCCUCUCCCUCGCUAAACUAGUCUUUGACACUAGCUGCAUCGCCGCCAAGCUCCCAGACGUUCACUGGUGGUACAGAACAGCAAGCCACGCAGCUGAGCUAACCGCUGGGUUCUACAACCCGAGCAACCGAGAUGGUUACGCUGAGAUUGCGUCUACGCUGAAGAAGCAUGGCGCCGCUUUGAGUUUUGUGUCGGGGGAAGUGCAAGUUCUGAACCGUCCGGAUGAUUUCUCAGGAGCAUUAGGAGAGCCUGAGGCAGUUGCUUGGCAGGUGUUUAACGCUGCGUGGGAUACGGAUACGCCGAUAGCUAGAGAGAACUCGCUUCCUUGCCAUGAUAGAGUUGGGUUUAACAAAAUGUUGGAGAGUGUCAAGUUUCCAAACGAUCCAGAUAGAAGGCAUUUGUCAUCGUUUGCAUACAGUAGGCUCGUUCCUGCUCUUAUGGAAGGACAUAACCUUGUUGAGUUUGACCGGUUUGUUAAAAAACUUCAUGGGGGAGCUGUAAUGGAUCAUCAGCAUCAUCAUCAACAGGUGUAGAGUUUAGUUUGUCUCAUAAUA